GGCUCGCUAGCCGCUGCCUGGGGAACGCUGUGCCGCGCUGUGCCCGGGGCCGGCUGUCCGCGGGCGGAAGAGGUGUCCGGCGGGAAGCGCGGCUUCGGGUCGGAAGUGCGAGUGUCGCGGCGGCCCCCAGGAGUGGCCGAGCCUCCCGGGGUUUCGGUUUUUAAGCUGCUGUCCCGAGCGGGGCACGGGGAGGCCGCGGCCUGGCAGCAGGCUGGCCUCCCUCUGGGAUCGCGGUGGAGGAGUGGCCCGCGUCGGCUCGGGAUGGCCGGGGUCGCCCGCCCAGCCUGCUACCGGGGCCCAGGCGUUUCUGUAUGUGUGGAAAGGACAGUUGCUGCAAGUAGAAGAGACUCAACAGGUCUUAGGAUGUCUGAAGACGAAGAAAAGGUGAAGUUACGCCGUCUGGAACCUGCUAUCCAGAAGUUCACUAAGAUAGUGAUCCCGACAGACCUGGAGAGGUUAAGAAAACAUCAGAUAAAUAUUGAGAAGUAUCAACGAUGCAGAAUCUGGGACAAGUUGCACGAAGAGCACAUCAACGCAGGGCGCACUGUUCAGCAACUGCGCUCCAAUAUCCGAGAAAUGGAGAAGCUUUGCUUGAAAGUCCAUAAAAAUGAUCUGGUAUUUCUGAAGAGAAUGAUAGAUCCUGUCAAGGAAGCAGCAGCAGCAGCAACAGCAGAAUUUCUCCAACUCCAUUUGGAAUCAGUUGAAGAACUUAAGAAACAAUUUAAUGAUGAAGAAGCUUUAUUGCAGCCUUCUCUGACCAGAUCCAUGACUGUUGGUGGAGCAUUCCACACUACAGAAGCUGAAGUUGGCUCUCAGAGUUUGACUCAGACAUAUGCAUUGCCUGAAAUUCCUCGAGAUCAAAAUGCUGCUGAGUCAUGGGACACCCUAGAAACAGACUUAAUUGAACUUAGCCAACUGGUCACUGAUUUUUCUCUUCUAGUGAAUUCUCAGCAGGAGAAGAUUGACAGCAUUGCAGACCAUGUCAACAGUGCUGCUGUGAAUGUUGAAGAGGGAACCAAAAACUUGGGGAAGGCUGCAAAAUACAAGCUGGCAGCCCUGCCUGUGGCAGGUGCACUCAUCGGUGGAGUGGUGGGGGGUCCGAUUGGCCUCCUCGCAGGCUUCAAAGUGGCAGGAAUUGCAGCUGCACUUGGUGGUGGGGUGUUGGGCUUCACAGGUGGAAAAUUGAUACAGAGAAGGAAGCAGAAAAUGAUGGAGAAGCUCACUUCCAGCUGUCCAGAUCUCCCCAGCCAAAGUGACAAAAAAUGCAGUUAAAGACCAAACUUCCAAUUGGUGCCAAUGCAUCUAUCCUGACGAGCACCUUGCUGCUGUUGAACGCUCAGCUGUUGGAACACAGUAUGUCAGGACAGUGGUUCUCCAUGCCUGUGUAGUGUUGAACCACGAUAAGUGGAUGUAUUUGUUCGGUGGGUGUUGAUGGAGAUGUUAGAGAUGGUGGAGCCUGGGCUGAUAGUGUAUGUCUACCAGGUCAAGUUUAAA